CUGCUGCCUGCUGCCUGCCGCCGGAGACACGACAUGGAUUUACCUCAGCACUAAAAACGUGGGAAAUACGCUUUUCUUCCGUGUUAAGGUAUGAGCCAUGAGCCGAAGUCCCCAGCUUUAGGAAUGAUCUCGGCGGCACCAUGCACCAUGGCCACUGUAAGCCCCCUCGCUCCGUCCCCCAUCAGCGGGAGCCCGGCGUCCCAGUCCGGAUUCGCUGCCGCCCUCCGCAAGCUCGCCAAGCAGGCCGAAGAGCCACGAGGUUCUAUAAGUAGCGAGUCAUCGCAUGUUUCCUCCCCGGUGACCAAUCACAUUUCUCCUGUCAGUACGCCUAAGCGAGUUGCCAUGGGUACCAGCCUGGUCCCGCCUACAGGCACCCCGCCUGUGGUCACCAUCGCCCCAACUAAAACAGUCAAUGGGUUUUGGAGGUCUGAAGCCCGUCAGGCCGAUGCAUCAUUGAGAGUGUCCGGCCAGGAGCGUUUGGCUCCAGAUCGUCCUUUACCCGGCCAGGAGAAGAGCUCCCUCUCUCUCCCUCCAUACCUGGGUCCAGCUCACCCGUUCAGCAUGACACCCAGUGCUCUCAUUCAAGACCCUCGUCUUCAAGCUCACCUGUCCCGGCAGGUUCCUAACAUGCUGCUAGCAGGAGCUCCGCAGGAGGAGUAUCUCCGCGAUGGCUUUCGCCCGUACGCCUCCGCUGAAGAGUUGCGCAUGCCUUUGCUCCCUCUAGGGCUCAGCUCAGGAACCACACCCGACACUCUCGCGUACUUUCACUCAGGAUAUUUGCCCCAUCCCUCGCUUGCUUCAUACAGGAUAAAGGACUUCUACAGUCUGCCGGCCCUGCGCUCGCAUUACUACCCGCUUCCAGAGGGGGGCGCCCUGCCGACCCUGCACCCGUCUGCUGUCCACCUGCCCAUGCAGGGCGUCUUUUACCCUCCUGACCUCACACACCAGUCCCUGUCAGCACUGCACUCUGAGAGGCUGCAGAUGGAAGAGGAACUUCGCCAGCAGGAGAGGGAACGAGAACGAGAGAAAGAGAGAGCGCGUGAAAUCGAACGAGAAAGGCAUUGGGAACAGGAGGUGCGGAGAGAGAAGGACAGAGAACGAGAGAAGGAACGAGAGGUGGAGAUAAAGAAGGAGAGAGGGAGAGAGAUCCAGGCGGUCAAGGCCAUGGAGAAACGCCACCUGAGCCACGAGCCGCUGGCGAACCAACACUUGAUCUCUCAUCCGUACGCACACCGGCAGCACAUGAAGGAAAGAGCCAAGCUCGAGGACAGACUCGCUGCUAACAGAACGGACAAAACCAAAGAAGCGUCGCUGCUCGCGCCACAGUCUGGCCCGUACUCGUCCUCAGGAGGUCCUUCCUCGCUCUCCACCUCAGGCCUCGGCCUCUCCUCAAGCCUCCAGUUUGGGAAAAGCCACCGGCCCAUGGGGACUCCCAUGAUGCUCCAGUGGCAGGAGGAGGACGACCGAUGGCUUGCCAGACAGAGAGCAGCGCUGAAGGUGGAGAAAGCGGAGUUUCACCAGCAGGAGAAGCACCAGGAUAGUGGUCGGAGCGCAGAACCAGUGGAACCACAGAGAGAGAGACACAGGUACAGCUCACACCGUAAUGAUGUGAGUGUCAGAGACUUAUCUCAACCCUUGGGGGCGCCACCUCCUCUCAUCACCCCUAAAGCUGUUCCUCGGGACCAUCACCCCUCCUCAUCCACUCCCAGCAGUCUCUGGAACCCCGUCUCCCUCCUCAACUCGCCCUCAGACCGGCCUCUGCCCCACAUCCAUCCUUUCUCAGGCCACACCAGACCGAAAGCUCUGGAAGAGGACAUCAGGCCCUCUUCCAUGCGGGGGAACAGCCUCCCGGAGUCUGGGAAAUACCUGCCGGAUCUGGAGAAAUCCCCGCGGAGGGUCUUCAGCCAGUCUGGGGCUCCGGCUCCGGCUCCAGAGAGGACGGACCCCAUGAUGGUGUUCGAUCAGGCUCUGCAGGAGCACAGGAGGCUCCUCAGCAAACUAGACCUGGAGGAGAAGAAACGCAGGGAAGCCAGAGAGAAAGGUUAUUACUAUGAAUUCGACGACUCUUACGAUGAGAGUGAUGAGGAGGAAGUGCGAGUUCAUCUGAGGAGAGUCGCUCAGCAGCCUCCUCUCAAACUAGAUGCAUCUACUGAGAAGACAGAGUUCCUGGGUUUGUUUGGACUGACGACUCUCUCUAAGCGAGAUGAGCUCCUGGAGAUGAAGAGGAGGAAGAGGAGGAGGAUGAUGCAGGAGAGAAUGCCUUCACCCUCAGCGGUGCAGAGUAAACGAAAGACUCCCUCUCCUCCCCUCACCACACGCUUCACCCCGGAGGAGAUGGAUCGCACCGCUGAACUCGACGACAAGAAACACUUCCUCAGCAUGUUCCACCUGAACCAUGUCAGUGUGGACGAGAGAAGAAAGAAUAAGAAGAUUGAGGACUUGCUGGAAGCCAUCAAACAGAAAACUGUAACUUUGAACACCCUCAGAUACGCCUCAGACACACCCCUUUCUAGCCCGACUGCUUCAGUGUCUGCCGUCUCACAUCUCAAUCAGUCCGUCAGUAAUGUUCACCCUGAACCCCUAAAUCACUCACCCCAACACCCUCUGCCUCAAGACCCCCCGCCACUGGCUCCUCUCCAGCCCAAGACGAGCUCCCCGAGCAGGAGAGGCCCGAGCCUGCAGGCCAGCGCUCGACAGACCCUCCGGCCGAAGGAACUCAACGGAGUAAAACUGCAGGACUGGGAGCGAAGAAACUCAGAGGACUUCGCACAGCACUUCCAUCAGUCGGUGCUGCAGUCAACUCAAAUAUCCCAGCAGAAACAGAAAGGUGAACUCUCUAUUGGAGCGAGCGAGCAGUUUGACCCCCAUGCACAUCCACCUCCAGGCCUCCAGAGGGCGCUCAACAAACUCCCUAAUGGACAGACCAAUGGCCAUUUAUCAGCCCUCCACAACUCCCCAGGAGUGAGGAAUGACCUUUCAGCUGGCGAGGGCAUCAGUUCAGAUGAAGACGAGGAAGAGGAGUCCUUCAGUCCUAGGUGGAAAGGCAUUGAAUCUAUAUUUGAGGCGUACAAGGAGUACAUGGAGGAGAGAAGUAUAGAGCACCAGGUUCUCCAGAGCGAGUGUAGACGCCUAGAGACGCAGCAUUACAACCUCAGUCUAACCGCCGAACAGCUUUCUCACAGCAUGAGGGAGCUGUUGGCACAGAAGCACAAUCUGGCGCUGAAGAGAGAGCGCAUGCAGGCCGAACUGGAGCACUUCAAGAAAUGCUUGGGAUUGCCGCUGCUACACUGGCACAGAGGAUACUACAAGAGGCCUUCGCCGAGGUGACCUUCCUCACAUUUAUGAUGGACGUGCUGAGGAAGAGUGGCUGAUCGCUGUAAUGGAUGAGAACUUAAAUGACUAAACGUGUGAUUUCAGCUUUGGCACGAGAACAUAGACAAAGCUAUCGGUCAUUGUUUUGGUGCCAAUGUCUGACUCCCCACUGUGACCCGCUGCACUACAAGUCCAACCACUAUAUACAGGAUCUAAUAUCUGAACAAAACAGGCAUUCAGCAUAUCGGAUUAAUCUGACGGGACGUUUGAAAGACCAAUGCCAAGAGGAACCAACCCAGAUGGCUCCUAGUUCAAAUGUUUUAAUAUUUAUACGGUUUUUAAAGGAAUAUGAUUAUGUAAAAUACUGUCAAAUCGCAUUUUGUAUGUUUUUAUUAUUAAUGAUGAAUUCAAAAAAGGACCGUAGUUUGGAAAAUAAAUAUUUUAAAGCUUUUUGCAGGGAAAAAAUGCGUUAAGGUACUGCUGGUCAGAAAUGAAGUGAGGUUUCAGUUUAAUAUGAAAGUGAUCAGUUAUAACAGUGUUCCUGUGUAUUUUGUCAUUUUCUCUUCGUCACCCAUUAAACCAAAAGCUCUACUGCAUGCUCUAGUACAUGGCUGUUCGAAAAUAAACCAAUCAAAUGUGGCUAAUCGCUUUCAUUAAUGACACUUUAAUAACAAACCGCAGACAGCAGUUCAUGUAUAUGGUCCCGGUAUGGGGGACCGUUUGUGCUGAAGUCGGUCAAGCAAACGAUCAUUAUGUGGACGGUGGAAAAAAUGUAUUAAUAAAUUAGUAAAAACAAUAUAAUUGAGCAUAUAUAAAUAAUAAUGAGAUAUUGAGAAUGACCAAUUCAAUAUCUAAGAAGAUUAUGAAAUGGCACAAAUAGUGCCUUAUAAAAGUAUAAUUCUGUUAAACGUUAUAUGAUGGUCGUUUAUUUUUUAUUUUUUUUACAGACUUGUUAAAAUCAUGAAAACAAUUAUAAAGUGUCAUUCAAAUAUUUGUUUGUAUAAUUUAUUUUUCAACCUAGUUGCCAUGAGAACAGUCAUUUAGGUUGUGCGUUUUAUACAGACUUCAGUGCCACAAAGUUUUGUUG